CAAUUAAAUAAGCAACUUCUGUAUGGAUACAGGGAAAUUAAAAUAUGACAGAAAUGUUUGGGCUGCGAAAUGACGUCACCAGGCUGCGUCUGCGCACAGACGCUGGGCGUGCUGCGUCAUCACGAGUCCAUAGCAACUGUGAUUGGAAUGAUAUUCGCAGCUGAAGGUCGGGAUGGUUUAACGGGAUGGCGGAGAAGCAUCGCGCCGGUGUCGAGAUCAUGUCCGACUCCAAAUCUUCCAGAGCUGCGGGCGACGAGCAGCUGCUGUCGCAGUCCGGGGUGAGCGCGCUGCUCCGGGGAGCCCUGCUCCGGCUGCUCGAGUCCAGACCCGAGGAUCCCGUCGGGUUCCUGGCCGAACACUUCGCUCAUCUGUCGUCGGAGGCUGAAGACGGAGCGUCGGAGCGUCAGAGCGUCAGCCGCGCUCUCUGGCACCUGAGCCUCGCGCAUCACUCGCACAGGUCAGCGUUUAACAACAACGUGCGUGUGGCGUAUGAGCUGCUGACGCAGGGCGUCCCGCGUCGUCUCAGUGCCGGCGGUGUUCGCGGGCGUCUGUAUUCAGAGAUGCUCCGGUGUCUGUGCAGUGAAGGCGGGCUCUCGGGCUCCACCGCCGCUCCGCUCCUGCGCCGCGUCCAGAGCCACGACUACGAGUCCGUGCCCUUCGAGCUCUUCCGGCAGGGCGUCCUGACCUGCGCCGUGUUCGCAGACUACAUCCGGAAGUCUCAGUGUCUGUACGCGGCGGUGGCCAGCGCUCCGGACCGGCCCGCAGAGAGGACGCUGUGCCACGCGGUACUCUCCACCCUCCGCGAUGCUCUGGAGACGGCGGACGGCGUUGACGUGGCACGAUAUCUGGAGGCCAGCGCCAAGAUCUCUCCCGCUAAAGUGGCUCAGGCUAUGGCCGAGGUCCAGCCGCGCGCGCAGAGACAGGACGGACCCACGAUGGACGCGCAGGAGUUUGAAGACGCCGCCGCCGCGCUCUUCAUCGCGCGAGUGCGAACCGUCACCUGAAGCUCCGCGUGCAUCAUUAUCACCGAGCAUAUUGCACAAACAACAGCGUAUCGAAACCGUUGCGUCAUAUUGCAUUCAAGCUUUAACAUUUAGAUGUCUCGUGUUCCAGCACAAAUAUCUAAAUAUUCUUAAAUCAAGAUGCAAAAUGGCAAGAUAUUAAAUCUAGACUAAUGACAAAAUGAUCAAAAAAAGGGAACGCAAACAGAAAAUGAACCUAAUUCAAGGGUAAAACCAGAUUAUUUUUUGCAGACAUAUGUGACCCUGGAGCACAAAACCAGUUAUAAGGGUAAUUAAUUUUUUUUUUUUAUUAAACAAGAACAGACAAAACACAAGGCAGACUCAAGACUACAGAAUAACAAGACAUUAGACAAGGACUCGGUGACACAUACUCAGACAGACCGGGUAUAAAUACACAGAAGGUAAUGAGGGAACUGGAGACAGGUGGGGAAUAAUCAAUUAACCCAAACAAGGAGGAAGGUGACCAAAUAAGGGAAAAGACAGUUCAUAAAGAGACAGACACCGUGGGAAAGGAGGACACCUAGUGGAGACCCAGGGAACACAACCCAGACACUGUGACACUCCAUCGAUGUGUGGUUUGUUCGGAGGACAAUAUUUGUCUGAGAUACAACUAUUGGAAAAUCUGGAAUCUGAGGGAGCAAAAAAAUCUAAAUAUUGAGAAAAUCAUCUUUAAAGCUGUUCAGAUGAAGUUCUUAGCAAUGCAUAUUACUAAUCAAACAUUAAGUUUUGAUAUAUUUAAGGUAGGAAAUUUACAAAAUAUCUUCAUGGAACAUGAUCUUUACUUAAUAUCCUAAUGAUUUUUGGCCUAAACAUUGCUAUUGCUAUAAAGACUGACUUAACCACAAUCACCCCCCCACCCAAAAAAAAAGAAAUAUCUCAUAAUUUGGCUUCUCCGGUAAAUGCAUCUUGAUUUAAGUGUUUCUAGAUAUUUGUACUGGAAACCAAGACCAACAUACUGACAAAGAGCAUCACUUUUUUAGAAAAUGCAUGUAGUAUAUUGUGUUUUUAUGUUCCGUGUACUUCAAAUCGAAAUGAUUUGUGCUCGUUACUGUGUUUGAAGUCUAAUUUCAGAGCGUGAAACCUCAGUUCAGGAAGUUAAAGGCAUCUGAAAGCACACCAGUUCCCUUUUCAGUUUCACAGAGCCUGAGCUCAGCAGGAACAACACAUUUUACUGCAUUCGCAACUGAACUGCUUUUCAGCUCGGAACGAACAGAACAUUUCAUUGAUUUAUUUACGCAAACGUGCACUGAUCAAUCUCUCACAAUAAGCAAAGAAACAUGAGUUUAGAAAAAGACUGAAUUGCUGACAUUUAUUUAUCCACUUCAUACAUAGAACUGUUUUUUUUUUUUUUGCAUAUUAAAUAUUAAUUGUUUAAUGAGUAUUUCAUAUGCUGCCUGUUAUAAUCGCUGAUGCUUUUUUAAAAGAACAAUCUGAAUGCUUUGAUAAUGAUUAUAAUUUACAAAAACAUUAUUUGCAAAAUAAAAAUAAACAUGAA